UCUGACAUUUACGUAGUGUUCCCCGUGCCGCCGCAAAGACGCGCGCUCCGAACGAUUUCAAAUAAAGAAUAAUUUGAAUUUCUAACAAUAUUUUUUUUUCGUUGAAAUCUUAAGUGCCAAGGAUUUACAGUUGCAGUGAUAUUUUUUGUUUUUUUUUUUUCGUGGUGCUACCGAUGGUCGAGGUUUUCCCGGGAGAGCAUUGCUAUAGCAACGAAUGACGUCAAGUUCAGGGGCGGUUGGUGCAUUUUCGUUCAAUAAUCACCCUUCAAGCUUUGUUCCCAGUUUUCUGUGUUUUUGUCGGUGGAAUCAAGGUGAAGCAAUGAGCGAGUGAUCUGAAGUAUAUGGAGAAGAGCACCAGCCAUCAUGAGUUUAAUGACGCUGAUCAAGUUCGGGUACGCGCUGGUGAUCGUGGCCUUCCUCCUGAUGAUGUGGGCCUCGCUCUCCGGCGUCGGAGCGUUGGAGCUGCACGUAGACACGGGGCACCCGCCAUGCCUCUUCCAGGCGCUCUGCACAUGCUCGAAGCCAGCAGGCGACCUGGGUAUCGUGACGUGCGCGCACGUGCCCAUCUUCCGAGUACCCGCUGCCGUGAACAGCUCUAAAGUGUUCACGCUGCAACUGACGGAUAACCAUAUAAAGGACCUGGAUCCCCAGUUCUUCCAGACCACUGGCAUGUACCGACUGGCCAUCAACAAGAAUCCUCUAGAAAGCAUCCACGAAGAGGCGUUCUACGGGCUGGACAACACGCUAUGGGAGUUGGAACUGCAGGAGGACAAGUUAACGGCCGUGCCCAGCAGAGCACUGAGGUACCUGCAGAAACUACGCCUGUUGGAUUUGACAGGUAACGAAAUAACGGACAUAUCUGGCGACAACUGGCUGGGUUUGGAGAACACGCUGCAGACUCUGGUGCUGGCAGACAACUCCAUAUCCAGCCUGCCUCUGGACGCCUUCUCCGGGCUUCCCAUGCUGGAGACCCUGGACCUCCGAGGCAACCAUCUGACGGUCAUCGACAGUGGUGUCUUUAGGGAUGGCAUGAAUAGACUUAGCAAGCUGAUCCUAGCGGACAACCAGCUGCAGUAUAUCCCGUACGAGGAGCUGUCACCCCUGCGCCAGCUGCGAUUCCUGGACCUGGCCAACAACCUCAUCCGCCAGGUGCCUCCGGUUCAUGACCUCAACGGCGUCCGCCUGAACCUGGACUGGCUCAAGUUGGACAACAACAACAUCAAAGUAUUGAUGCCUGGCUCAUUUAAAAAUUUCAACGUAUUGAACCAAACGUCGCUGGAUGGAAACCAAAUUUAUACAAUAAGGGAGGACGCGUUCCGGAACGCCAAAAUCCGUGUCCUCUCCCUGCGCGACUGCAGCAUUAGUGACCUGUCCCCAGCCUCGUUCGCCGGCCUCGAGAACAGCCUGCAGAGCCUCGACCUGUCAGAGAACAACCUCACCACCAUCUCCAAGUUCAUGCUGAACAAGCUGGACUCGUUGCGGUUCCUCAACCUUAGAGAAAACAAGGUCGACACGAAUUUACUAGCAACGAACUAUCCUUCAGAAUACUCGCUACCCUCCGUCAACAAUUUCCAGUAUAAGCUGUUCCAUCUGGACAUCAGUGGUACUUCUUCCCUGGAGAUGAGUCUACAGGACGUCAGGAGAGACGAGAACGACACACACUGCAGUAGAGGUGAAAAAAUGCGUUCACUCCGAUAUCUAGCCGUCAGCAAGUUGAUAAGACGUAGUAUAACCUCAGAAGACUUUCUGGAAUUCGGUGUAGAUUUGGAGGACUUGAAAAUAAUCGGUAGCACGAUAAAUCGUAUCGAAUCCAGCGCUUUCCAACAUGUUCGAACGAUCAAGACUUUGGAUUUAUCUGAGAACCACAUCGAAUAUAUCGAUCCGUUUGCGUUUGCUGAGUUGCAUAGCCUAACAACGCUUAAAAUGGCGAACGGAUUACACGAUUCAGUAAAGGUCUUACCAUUCGAACCGUUGAAAGCGCUAAUUGAGCUGCAAUACUUGGACGUGAGCAACAAUAGGCUGCAGAACGUUCCAGACACAUCAUUCCAUUUUCUCUACAAACUGAAGACUUUGAAUCUGCAAGAUAAUCUCAUAGAUCACUUCUCUAAAGGCACAUUACAGGGAGAUAUACACAGACAACUGGAAGGAGUUUAUCUAUCACUCAACAAAAUCAGGGUCAUUGAGCAACACACUUUCGUCAACUUGAAGGAACUACAGGAGAUACAUUUGGAAGACAACCUGAUAGAGUCCCUAUUCCGACGAUCUUUCACCAGCAUGGACAACCUUAAAGUUAUAAAUCUAAGCGGCAACUCAAUAUUCGAUAUCAGUGAAGAAGCGUUCCAGAAUUUGCCAGCCCUAAAAGAGUUGGAUAUCUCUUUCAAUCGUCUCGGCACAUUCAAGUUCUCUAUCUUCGAUCAAGUGGGUUCGGCUACAGCCCUAAAAGUGAAUGCGUCGUACAACAGAAUCGUAUCGCUGACAGACUCCAACGCACCCAUGUUCUUCACAUCCAACUUCUAUGCUCCUAAGACGCAAAGAUUGAUUUCCGAGCCGGAGGUCAAUAUUUCAGCUUUGGAAACUAACAUUUCUUCUUUGGAUACUGAUACUAAAAUGGAACCGGAUGAAGUUUAUACUGACACAGAAAUAGAAUCCGAAGAUGCCAGCCCAUGGAGAAUAGAAAGAGGUCUUGGGACAGUGUCAAUCAACAUCCGAGUAUUGGACUUCUCUCGUAACAACAUCACCUAUAUUGCUCCAUAUUACUUCAGGCACGCGGACCUGACCCUCUCCGAGCUGUAUCUCUCCCACAAUCAGCUGCGCAACAUCACGCGCGAGGUGUUCGGCUCCAUGCUGAUGCUGCAGCUACUGGACCUGUCACACAACAUGAUAUACCACAUGGAGUACGACUGCUUCAAGAAAGUCAGGAAUUUGCAGAUAAUCAACCUAUCGCACAACAACCUGAUCGACCUCCCAGUUGAGGUGUUCCACGACAUGCACGGUCUGACCUUCGUGGAUUUAUCACACAACUAUAUCAAGAACCUGGCCAGCAACCUCAUACCCUCGCCGGCUUUGGAAAGGCUUGAUCUGUCAGACAACGAGCUAUCUAGAAUACCAACGAAUGCCCUGUCGCCCGCUGCAGCGAUCAACUUGGUCGAGUUGGAUUUGAGUGGAAACUCCAUACCGGCUAUAUCCAUAGCUGAUCUAGUUCAGACCUUUAGACCUGACGGAGAGUACUGGGGAGAGGAGGCGGACUACAGCGACGACUACAUGUACCACACCGCGCGCAGAGACCAUACCAGAGUGUUCCAUCACAAGAAGCAGUACCCGCAGAAUAUAUUGUAUAAGUCGCUCGCCUGGCUAGAUCUCUCGGACAACCACCUGGUCCGCGUGGAGGUGGGGGCAUUUACCGCUUUACCCCGCCUGCGCUGGCUCGACCUCAGCCGAAACCUCCCCUUCAGCAACGACCGAAACAUCUUCAAGGGACUGGAGCGGAGACUGUCGCACCUGGGUCUACAGAACACCAGUCUUACUGCUGUGCCCGUACUCCCUCUGCCGAAACUGAAGAGUCUGGAUCUAUCGUACAACAACCUGCACUCGCUGGCCACGGAGGUCACCGCCAACCUGACGCGCCUUAGAAAGUUGGAUCUUUCCUACAACGAUUUGACUAGCGUCCCUGUGGCAACCCACUCCCUGAGCGAGCUCCGCUGGCUGUCCCUCUCGGGGAAUCCCAUCACAGCUCUCAUGAACACCUCCCUAUACGGCGUGUCGCCGCGCCUCGAGUACCUCGACGUCACGCGGCUGCGGCUCAACAUCCUUGAGCAUGGCGCAUUCAGCAAACUAUUCGGAUUACGAACACUCAAGAUAUCCGUAUCGGGCAACGUACGAGACUUCAACUUCCCGCGGAUUUUAGCGAACAACGAGGGCUUAGAGAACCUGUACAUUGACGUGCAGAACUCACAGAUCGAUCUGGGCAACGAAAUGACGGGGGACAUGCCGUCUAAAGUCAGUAAUAUAACGAUCACUGGGAGACCGUUUAAGUUCCUGUCGGACAGGUUUUUCCGGGGUAUCAACUCCCGCACCCUCCGUCUCACCAUCUACAACACAACCAUCGAAGAGAUCGAGAACGAGGUGUUCUGGAGAUCAGGGCGGGUCAAGAACCUAACCCUGGACUUCCGGGGCAACUACUUCCUGCGGAUACCCAACCCCGGGAGGAGCCCAUGGCCCGGGGUCCCCAACUCCCUGUUCCUCCAGGAUGUGCUGGUUGCGGGCAACCCACUCGUGUGUGACUGUCAAGUUGGGUGGAUCCAAGCGUGGGACCGCAAGCGGCGGCAGUACCUGUGUUCGAGCCCGACCGCGUGCGUCGCGACGCGGGAUGACGUGCGCAUCGCCACCUGCCCCUCCCACUACAACAGGACAUUCAACGACGUGUUACUCAGAGACUUAGACUGCGCCUGGAACAAGGGCUUUGCGGCUGCCAACUCGCUCGUCGUUAUAGGCUUAAUGGUUCUAGUGCACCUCAACAUUUGAACGUCGUAACUCGAUUCGAAUCCGCGCGUGAAACACGAGUGAGAACUGUACCUGUUAAGUGGCCUAACUCGAACUCGAAGUGAUAACGAGUGACUAGCAAGAGAAGCCUAUGUGAUUACUGAAAGCAGAUUUGUGAUCUCAGUUAACGUUACCGUAUUCGUCAUAGAAUAGUUCUCUUGGAUGUAAAUAGCAUUUUAUGCCUUAGUUGUAAGGCACCUUUCACACCGCAGUGAAAACGCAGCGACAACGCAACUUUUAAAAUAUAAAUGAAACAAACGAAAGCUGUGGCUGUGGAACUGCUGUCCGAACGGUGCCUUGAAAUAUGUGCUUAAGUUGGACGGUGUAAAGUUAGUCAAUAAUAAGAAAAAGACUUCGGUGUGUAAUUGUUUGAAGUUGCCAUAAAUGUGAAGUUAGUGCUCAAACUUGCAACUCAUUGCAUUUGCACCUAACUUCAAAUAAUUUGUCGGCACGCCAUAUACCAAAUGGGUGUGAUUUUGUGUCGUGGAAGUGCUCUUAACGAUCAAUACGAGUACAUUACUUAGACUGCAUUCAUUCGAAUGAUGUGUUCGUCCAUUAUAAGAUAUUUAUAUGUGUGGGCUUAUUUAUAUUUAAGUCGUAUCAGUUAGUUAUAGAUUAUAUUUAGACGUUUAGAGAUUUCUGCAAUAAAAUUUCACUAAUUCAGAUAUUUACGAAAUCUACUUUUGUUUCUCGAUUUCAAAGUCUAUCUCGUUCACGUUUACCAUAUUUUAUCGAUAAGCUCGACUCAUUUGUCCGCGCGGCGUGGUGUGUGGUGUGUAUGGUUCUUAGCUAACGCUUGCUGCCACAAAUCGAACCUUAUCGUUAAGGACUCGAACGCACAUAUUGCGCCGCCCGCACAAAUGUAUUGUUACUACCGUAGCUGUCUUCUUUGAUGUUUACGUAGUGGUUGCAUGUCUCAAUAUAUCUUCGUAGAUUUAUCCAAAUCGUAACAGGGACUGAUGUAUGUAAAGUUUUAUUCUUGGCAAUUACAUUUUUAUUCUUAAUAAAUGUCGGUGGGAAUGAUAUCGGGUGCCUUUUGAAUUCUUCGAAGUACAAAACUUAUUUUGUUCUAAAAUUACGACAUUCCCUGUCUAUAUUUUAAAAGAGCUUGCUCAUUUACUAUGUGGUCGCGCGUUUCUUACCUUAUAAGCAAAAAAGGUAAUAGAAUUUAUUAUACCUAUUUAAGAUUCUAAUUUUGAUCAUUCCCACCGAUCUUUUAGUUUAGAUUUUAGGAUUUUUUCUAAUAAAUUUUGCUAUAAAUUAGCAAUUUUAUUCCAUAGCUGGGGCAUGUUAGUCGUAGCUUGCAUUUAAGUGUGAAUCAAAGGAAUACCUCUACUACAGUGGUCCACUCGACGUCAGGCCUACUUGUUGACUCGUGUUUUCAAUACCAGACAUGGAUUAAUUUAAUUUUAAACAAUAUUUUUAAGCAUGAUUAAAUAGAGAAGUAAAAGUAUGUAAAUAAUUUAAUUGAUGAAAAAGAUAAAGUACUUUUAUAAUU